AUGGGAGGUGGAUUUGACAUCAUGAACAUGGUCAUAUUUCCCAAUAACUCCUUCAAGAGAGUGAAAGUUGGAAGAGUAGAUCCAAAUGCACUUCAAGGCAAAGAAUUCAUCAUUAAUGAGGAUAUUAUUGUGUGGCACAGAGGUUUUAACCAGGUGAUACCCAUUUCCCUGUGCAAUGACUUCUGCCAUCCAGGUUAUCAGAAGAAAAGGAAGGAAGGGGAAAAAUUUUGUUGCUAUGAUUGUAUGACAUGCCCAGAAGGAAAGGUUUCAAACAAGAAUGAUAUGGAUGACUGUUUCAAAUGCUCAGAAGAUCUGUAUCCAAACAAAGACAAAGACAAAUGCAUCUACAAAACUAUUAGCUUUCUGUCAUAUGAAGAAAUUUUGGGGAUCAGUUUAACCUUUGUUGCUAUUUCAUUCUCCAUAAUCACAGCUUUGGUGUUAGGGAUUUUUAUUAAGCACAGUUAUACCCCCAUAGUCAAAGCCAACAACCGGGGCCUCACCUACAUCCUCCUCAUUUCCCUCCUGCUCUGCUUCCUCUCUUCUUUGUUAUUCAUUGGAAAGCCAUGGGAAGUGACCUGCCUUUUCCAACAACCAAGUUUUGGCAUCAUCUUCUCAGUGGCUGUUUCUUGCGUGUUGGCCAAAACCAUUACUGUGGUUGUAGCUUUCAUGGCCACCAAGCCAGGUUCCAGCAUGAGGAAGUGGGUGGGGAAAAGACUUGCCAACUCCAUUGUCCUUUGUUGCUCUCUUAUUCAAGUUGGCAUUUGCACAGGAUGGCUGGCAACCUCUCCUCCAUUCCCUGAUGCAGACAUGCACUCACUAACUGAGGAAAUCAUUGUGCAAUGUAAUGAAGGCUCAGUUGCCCUGUUUUACUGUGUCCUGUGCUACAUGGGUCUUUUAGCCAUCACCAGCUUGGUUGUGGCCUUCCUAGCCCGCAAAUUACCUGACAGUUUCAAUGAAGCCAAGUUUAUUACAUUCAGCAUGUUGGCAUUUUGCAGUGUGUGGAUCUCCUUCGUUCCCACCUACUUGAGCACAAGAGGGAAAGACAUGGUGGCUGUGGAGAUCUUCUCCAUCUUGUCCUCCAGUGCUGGAUUACUGGGUUGCAUAUUUUCUCCUAAAUGCUACAUCAUUGUGUUGAGGCCAGAGUUAAACAGCAGGGAGCAAGUAAUAAGGAGAAAGAAUUAA